AGUCGCAAAAUUUUUGUCUCAAUCGAUUUUUUUAUUGUAUUUAAAAAUUAGCAUUUAGCAAGCCUACUUUAAAAAAAAACUAGUAAGAAGACAAAACGAAUAGCAAAAGUGCAACGAAAAUGGAUGCUUUGUUAGACGAGGAGUUGGAAUCGUUGGAGGCGAUUCUCAUGGACGAUGUGCGCAUUGUGCGAAGUGCCAGUGGCACUGUGGAGAUCAUCGAGACGACAGUUCUGCCGCUGACCGGCGAGGAGGAUGAGCAGCAAUAUGUGUGUGUGACGCUGCAGGUGCUCCCUCCGCCUGGCUAUCCGGAUGUGAGUCCGACGUUCAAGCUGCUGCGUCCGCGUGGACUCGAUGAUGCCCGCCUGGAGGCCAUCAGAAGCGCCUGCAAUGCCAAGAUCAAGGAAUCACUGGGAUUCCCCGUUGUCUUCGAUCUCAUCGAGGUGGUGAGGGAGCAUUUGACGGGCAGCAAUCUGCCCAGUGGCCAGUGUGUGAUCUGUCUGUAUGGAUUCAGCGAAGGUGACGAGUUCACGCGCACUGAGUGCUUCCACUAUCUGCACAGCUUCUGCUUGGCGCGUCACCUGAACGCACUGCGUCGCAACUACCAGGAGGAGUUCGAGAAGCUGCCCGCCUGGCUGCAAAAGACCGCCGAUGGCUUCCAGGCCCUCUGUCCCGUGUGUCGGGAGCACAUAGACGAUGAGUCCGAUAGUCUCAAGUGCGCCAUGCCGCCCUCGGAGCUGGAGAAUGCGCCCGACUUUAAGGUAACACAGGAGCUGCGUCAGAUGCAGCAUCGCAUGUCGCAGCUGUAUCUGCAGCAGAAGAGUCGCGGCGCCAUCAUCGAUGUGGAGGCCGAGGGCAGCGCAGUCAUUGCCAUUGAGACCGAGGAGGAUGUGCGGCGUCGGCGGCGUCGAGAGGAAGCCGAGGCGGCCAAGAAGCUGGCUGGAGCACAGGAGGCAACGAGCAGCACGGCCAUCCAAGCCAGCCAAGCCAAAGCGGCUGCCAGCAGCUUUGCUCCCGUUGUGCAGGAGACACAGCGCAUUAUGCCGGAGCCAACCAACAAUAACUAUCAGCAUCAUAAUCGUCGGCAUUAUCGUGGCGGACGACGUCAUCAUCAUCACCAUCAUCAUCAGCAUCGCAGCGAGCGUGCGGAGAUUGCACACAACUCUGGCGGAGCAGCUGGCGGUGCAGGAGCAGGUGGAGGUGGCGGUGCAGGAGGAGGAGGUGGAGGUGGAACUGGGUCUGCCGCUGGCAGUACAUCAAAUGCUGGCGCUGGCAAGCAACCAAAGGCGCAGACUGCCGCUGCCGGACAUGCCAGGUGACAAUGGCGCAGCACCAGGCUGCUGCGGCUAACGAUUCCACUACCAAGAGACGCAGCCCUGACGCUAGACAUGACAAUGCCACUGACAAGGUCAACGCUCCAUUCAAAGUUGCCAUUGAUCUGCUGCUAAUAUACAACAACAACAACAAUAACUAGAACUCAUCCAUAGUCCUUAACCCGUUGCCGCGUUUGAGCAUCGUCUUACAUUAAUUUUAAGUUGAUUAUUUUUUUUUUUUGGUUUGUUCUCAAUUUAAAGAAAAACUCGAUUUCUGUGAAUUUGAGUUAAACGCUCGACCGGAUCCAGGUGUACUCGUAUAUUGAAUUAAUGUUUAGUUAGCUUUAGCGAGCCGGGUUAGCUAAUUUCAAUUGAUAUACUCAUGUAUAUCAUCGAUAUAUCUAUAUGUAUUUAGUUUAUUAUUAUAAUGAUAUUUGUAGCUGCUUACAAAAGACUUGCGGCAAUAUGCCGGGAUGAUAUAAUAUUAUAGAAGUAGGACUACGACUACGAUAUAGGGCAUUGAUACUAACUAGAAGUAUUUAGCAGCACCAACUGGCAGCGCUGGCGUUGACGAUAAUACAUAAACACACACUACAAUAUAUAUAUGACUAAAAUGAUAUUUACUAUACGCAUAAUUCUGCAAUUGCACUUGAAGUUUAGCUAUAUCUCGAUCCUCUCUCCCCCCCUCUGUGACUGCAAAACAAAGAGUAGCACAAAAGAAUGGCUUUCCUUUUAGGCACAAAUAAGUAGUUUGGAUGAAUGCAAUUGGUUGGCAAGUGACAAUUGCAGCGCCAAUCUAGUCAGUUACAUAAAUGAAGGACAAAACCGAUAUUACAAAUACAUAAUACACAUACAUUUACAUACAUAAUAUAUAUGUCGCAUUCACGUAUUUAAAUGUCUAAACUAAUUGAAUGUUUGUGCAGCAUCCAUUUGGAUAAGCUAAAAGAUACAUAGAUGUAUUAUCAAAACCAAAUUUCAAUGUGUCAAAACAACUCGAAAAACUCAAAUGAAUAAAUCGAAUUACAAAUAGAA